AUGAUAUUUGGACUGGGUAGAUUGUUCUACGUCUUUCUACUACUCAUCAAUGCGGUUGCGGUCUUGAGCGAGGAGAGAUUUCUCAGAAGAAUUGGACUGGGAUCCAACUCCAAUCAAGCGCCGGUUUUCGGACAACAAGAGCACAGCACAAAGUCAAAAGUCAUUCAAUUGAUAAGUUCUAUUCAGACACUUCUCAGAAUACCCUUAAUUGGAAUAAACAUACUCGUUAUUGUUUAUGAGCUAUUGUUGGGUUAG